GGUUUAGGAGCGGCUGGCGCGGCGGCGGAGGCGGCCCCGGGCUCGGGCGGCUGGGAUGGAGCAGAAGCGCGCUGAGCGCCGUAGAACACGCAGCUGACGGAGCCGUGCAGCGUUUGGCUAGCUUCGCCUCCGGAUCCUCGCGGGCCUCCAGGCUCCCACCGCCGCCCGCUCGGCAGAGGAGGAGCAAUCCGCACCCCGUGCGCUAGGUCAGUCCAGACAAACUCUCCCGCUGCCCGCGCCGGACUGGGCACCAAGCACCAGGAUACCAUGGUCUCCCAGACUCUCUUCGCUCUCUGCAUCUUCACUGCAGGACUGAGGGUACAGAGCCUGCCUACAUCAGCCCCCUUGCCUGUUUCUUUGCCUGAAAAUAUCGUCUCAUCAACGGCCUUCUGGACGAGCUCUCCACAAAGCCCUUCUGCCUCUCCUACCAGUGGAACGCCCAGCCACUCGUCACUCCCUGUUACAGUGCCACCAGUGCAGACAUCUCUACCCCCCAAGAAUGUUUCCGAAGAGCCCAGAGAACGGGAGACCACCUUGACUUGGAACGGCACCAACACAGAUCCCUUAUCAACAAGCGGUGGUGCCCACUUAACACCCACACCCACGGAACACAGCUCGAGCACUCCAGAGGCAAGUGCGCCAGCUACAGGGGCUCAGUCCCCUGCUGAGUCUCCUGCACUCACCUCCCCUCAGGCUCCAGCCUCAUCACCUCCAACCCUCUCAACCUCUCCACCAGAGGCUUCCUCCCUCUCUGACAGCACCAGCCAGAGCCCCACUGAGCCUAGCACCACGCCCACGGGAGCCUCAACUGGCCCAGAGUUCCCAACACAGGAGCACAGCUCUAGCCACACCCCUGCUUCACAUGCCACCUCGGAGCUGGUGCCCAUGGAGACAACGCCCCAGACAACCGUGCCAGCCAAAGUGACCUGCAUUCUGGUAGAUAUGGAGACCACCACCGCCUCCCCCAGGGUGAUCAUGCGGGAAGUGGAGCAUGCACUAAGUUCAGGCAGCAUCGCCGCCAUUACCGUGACUGUCAUCGCCGUGGUGUUGUUGGUGUUUGGAGUUGCAGCGUAUCUGAAGAUCAGGCAUUCGUCCUACGGAAGGCUUCUGGAUGACCACGACUACGGGUCCUGGGGCAACUACAACAACCCUCUGUACGACGACUCCUAACAAAGGAACGUGGCCUGGGACGAGGGAUAACUGCUCUUUAUUUAUAAGUGCUUACCCAGUAGAUUUAAUUACAAGUACCUGAUGCGCAUUGAGCGACAAUCUUAAAGCCCUGUUUUAUUGGUUUGGUUAUUUCAUUUUCCUCCCUCUCCUUUGGCUACUACAACCUCCCCUUUCUGAUACAAAAAGAACCAUAUUUAAAGGUGUACGGAGGCUGAUUUGCAGCUGAAAUGGGCCAACCUUGGGCAGCCAGGCCAGACCACCACGAUGGAGGCUACUGACCCCACCACAGGACCCACUGCGAGGACUGAGGAGGAGGAAUCCACUUGUUUUGUCGGGGGCUACUUUUAGGGGAACUUUUUGUCUGUGGCAUUCCUUAAAACUUUUAUUUAGGAGAUAACAUUAAAUCUCUAUGAGUGGGAAGGAAAUGAGUACUGGGAGGAUUUCACCCUGCAGAUGAGGAAGCAGGGAUUUCUCAGAGUCCUUUCUAAGCUCUAUUCACCUGGUUGUGUCUGACAGGACCCCUGCUUGGCUCUACAAGCUGCACCAAGCUCCUGAGCUGCCUAAUUAAUGAAAGAGGAAACUAGAAAGUGCCCAAGGAGGUCAGCAGGCAGAGGGACAGAGUUGCUGGCUACUGUCAGAUCUCAGCGUACCUUCUCCCUGUUCUCCCCUCCAGGCCUCCUGUCCCUGCUCAGGAUGGCUGUCCUGGUCAACAGCAGCUGGCAUCCCAGCCCACAAACCUUCCGUGGAGUUGCGGUGCCACGGGAGAAGGCUGGGAAAUGAGCUUAGAGAAGAGAAAGCAAGAGGCAUGUGGAGAGAGGGUACAGGGGGGAGUGGAGGAGGGAGGGAGCUGGCGUGCACUGAGUACCUCCUCAGGUAAAGCGGGAAUCCGCUCUCAGGAACUGUCAGAGGUGUCCACUGCUUGAAGGAGCCCACAGAGUCCCUGCUUUAUACCCACAAAGCAACUGGUUCACUGCCUUACUGUCUGUUAGGUAAUAGGUAUAAAUUGUUUUUUUUUAAAAUUAAGACACUAGUCUAUCGGUAAUUGCUCAGUGAGGCAUUUCCAUAGUAAACAGACAGAGCGAUUAAUCCAUUUAUUAUGACCAUACACUUACCUUACUACCAUAUUUUGCCAUGUAUAAUCACACUUUUUUGCCUAAAUUUUUGAGGGAAAAAUAAGAUGUGCAUUAUACAUGGGUAUAAUGAUUACAUACCAUGGGCAUAAUAUAAAAAUACCAUGUAUAUUGUGCCCCAAAACAGGGGUGUGCAUUAUACAUGGCAAAAUAUGGUAAUUCUGCCCUUCAGUAGAUCAAAAGCCCUGGGUAGAUCGUCUUAAAAUUCCUCAUAGCAAAUUUUGAGAAAGAACUGACCAUUUCUGCAGGUAUCCAUUGUAGUGGCCCUCAACCAGCAGGCAGGUCUGUACCCGCCUGCCCCACCCCCGCAGGGAAGGGACAUAUGAAGAUGCCCUGUGACAUUUUUGAUUGUCACAACUUGGGGGUGCUACCAGUGGGUAGGAGACCAUGGAUGCACUAAAUAUCCUACAAUGCACAGAAGAGUCCACGACAACAAAGAAUUAUCUGGCCCAAAGUGUCAACAGUGCUGAGUCUGAGAAUCCAUAAUUUAUUGCAGUACCCAUUAUGACAAAAAAACACUCCAAGGUUUUUAAUAAAUAAAAUGACUUGUUAAAUUUUUAUCUCACAGUGUUUAAUUUGAUAGCUGACGGGUUGUUUUGGACACGCACGUUGCCUUUUUUUUUUUCUUUUUGUGUCCUAGGUAGCUUUCUUCCAUAGCUAUAACUGUCCCCCUAUAACACCAGAUAAUAGCAACCAGCAUCUGAUGUCCUGAUUUCAUGGAGGAGAAAACAUACGUAGGGUCCAUUUCAAAAUGUGUUACACUGUCCAAUAGUGUCACAAAGAACUUGACACUGGUCAAUUUUUAUUUCUGAACUUGGACCUGCUGCCAUGACUCUGUUAGUUUCCAGAAACUUGACCCUCAGCUCAUUCUGUCACUCAGUAUGGCAGGCAAAGCACUGGCCUGUAAGCUGCCACUGCCAUGCUGUCCUAGACCCUCUGGUGUCAAAGACACCAGGAUCCAGGCCAUUGCCACAAACCCGCCAUGCAACACUCUGAGCAAACUUUAUUCCUAAACUCCUCAGGGACCAAAGGAGAAUGGGCAACCUCCAGAGGGAUUUUACAAAAGGAGUGGGUAAUGAGGAGGAGAAUUCUGACGUCUCUGAUUACUAUUUUUUCAUAUUAGUGUUAUUCUCAGAAAAAAAAAUUCCAGAAAUGACCACCGAUGCUCCUUUUGGCCAAGCUUGACCUGAAUAAUUGUCCCUGUUUCCUACCUUCACUCCGUGCAUGGGCUUUCAGUUCAGCAAAAAUAAAAACAGAAUAUUCCAUAGUUUGUCCCUCAGUCAAAAACAUUUUGACAAAGGGUCCACGAAACACCUUUAUAGAGGUGCACUUCUGAUAUUGCUUCUGUCAUAAACGCUGGAUCAGAGGACGCAGCCUCUUGCCAAGGAAUUUUGACCAACUAUAAGCCAUGAAUCCAGCCAGCAUCUUUCCUUACCGAAGGCUGUGAUUGUGCAAGAGCAGUUGAUGCAUCUGUUGCUUUUAUUAACUGCCAAAUUCUUAGGAAAAAGAGAGGGUUCUAGACCUAAAGCAGAUCUCACCCAGCAGGCAGUGUUACACACACACACCACCACCACCCCUAAGGUGAUAGCUUCCUAUUAAACUCUCACACUCCUUAUUAUGUUAGUAUAAAAUACCAAUGGGUAGAACCUUAUUUUGCCAAAUGCAUUUCUUUUUUAUUUUUGAAUUGGCCAAAAGAUUUCAGCAACUGAAUUCAACAAAUGUUGCUACACGUACACACACAAGAAAGAUGUGGCUAAAAUUGAUGACCUUUACAUCAGCAAGAGUCUGUCCAGCUCUACCCAAGGGAGACGGCUCCAGUGGAUCUAAACAACCGUCCAGGGACAGGGUUAGUCAAAGCAUUAGAGGAAUGUCAGAGCAGGAGGGAGGCGAGCAGCCUCUUCUAGACUAUAGCCUGCAAAUGAUGAAACAGUGAGAUUCAACUUCAUUUUCUUUUCCCGUGGCCCUAAUGAAGUCUCCUGCCCUCUUUGAAUAUCUGUCUUCAUUUCUUAAAUGAGGGUGAUGCUUUCAUAUUGACCUCACCCCAUGCUACCUCACAAAUGUGUUGUGAGGACUAAUGAAAUCAUGUCUACAGUGUUUUCAGUUUCUGCAGAAGAAUGUUUAUAGACAUUUUAAGUAUUUUAAGUAUUACAUAGAUAUAUAAGUGAUCUCAGUUUCUUGUUUGUUACUAUACCAGUGUGUCGUUUUUACUUAAAUCUGUAAAAUUACAGCUGUGUUGUAGCCAGAUCAGACAGCUGUUACAGCUCCAGGCUACUCCCCAGUGCAGCCAACUGCCUGAGGGUUAACCAUGCCUGGAACCACAAAGGUUAGUUUCCAUCUCCAAAUGCAGGAUGGCCUGGGACAUAGGCCUCACAGACUGUUGAGUUAGGAUCCAGGAGGUUAGGGUAGCACAGUAUGGAUACCUGAGCAAUAGACCUCUUUACCACCUGGGGGUCUUCAGGGUUCUUUGUGGAGUUGAUUUUCAUUUGAUGUCCUCUGUUUGCCCUUCAUCUUGUUUGCAAGGGUGCAUGGUUCAAUCCCUUGCACCUGGAAAAUGAAUUUUGCAACUAGGUCAGAUGCUAAUUUGCACGCUGAUUCACCUUCUUUGCCUUUAACCUCUUUUUUGGCAAAUGAAUGUACCAUUUCAACUUUGAUUUUAAAGUGCUAGUUGACACUGGUAAUAGUGCUAACCAAGAGACCAAUGCCAGAUUGCUUUCUUGGGGUGAGUUAGCCAACAUCAUUUAAAGAUGGAAAGACCUGCAACUUCUUUGAUAUUUGAUGUGAUUGUAUCUACAUUUGUUGUAAGACAUAUUGCAUACCAAUUAUAUCAAUUAAAG